AAAGAAGUAACAAGAAAAGAAAGAAAAAAAAAAGGGAGGGGGAGAAAGAAGUGUUGGGCGAUGAAGAGGAACGCACUAUGGCUACUGCUCGUUCUAAUGUUGCCGGCGUUAGCAUGUGGUAGGAAACCGGAGAAGAAGGUAACUGCUUCGUCUGGAAGGAAAGAGGAAGACCUUGUUACUGGUUUACCCGGUCAACCACCGGUUAACUUCAGACAUUACGCCGGUUACGUGGAUCUAGGGCCUCGACAGAAGCAAAAGGCACUUUUUUAUUGGUUCUUUGAAGCCCAACACAACUCUUCUCGUCGUCCUCUCGUCCUUUGGCUCAACGGAGGACCGGGUUGCUCAUCAGUAGCUUAUGGAGCUGCACAAGAACUAGGUCCUUUUCUUGUUCGCACCAACAGUGGCAACCUUACUUUCAAUGACUUCUCUUGGAACAAAGAGGCCAAUAUGUUGUUCUUGGAAGCACCGGUAGGAGUUGGAUUCUCGUAUACUAAUAACUCAGUGGAUCUUGGAAAAAUUGGAGAUCAAGUUACUGCAGAAGACUCUCUUGAUUUCUUGAUCAACUGGUUCACUAAAUUUCCCGAGUUCCAGUCCAACGAGUUUUACCUUACCGGAGAAAGUUACGCCGGUCACUAUGUUCCUCAGCUUGCGGAGGUUAUUUACGAUAGAAACAAGAAAGUUCCAAUAGACUCUCGCAUCAAUCUCAAAGGUUUCAUGAUUGGGAAUGCGGCGAUCAACGAGGAAACAGACAUGGCAGGACUAAUAGACUACGCAUGGAGCCACGCUAUAGUAUCUGACGAGCUCCAUAGUAACAUUCAUAGCACGUGCCGUCUUGAGGAAGAGCAAACGAGCAACGCGACCAUACAAUGCUACGAAAACAUCAAAGCUUUCAUGGAAGCUUACAACGAUAUCGAUAUAUACAGCAUCUAUACUCCCGUUUGCCUCUCCUCUGGUUUGUCAUCUUCUUCUCCAAGAAGACCUAAACUCGUCGUGUCUCCUAGUUUCUUCACUUAUCACGACAUGUGGGAUAGGUAUCCUGCUGCCGGGUACGAUCCAUGCACUGAAGGCUAUACCGAAAAUUACUUUAACCGGAAAGAUGUGCAGGUCGCACUCCAUGCAAACGUUACAAACCUUCCUUAUCCGUACACUUCUUGCAGCGGGGUAUUAAAGGGAUGGGGUGAGGCUCCAACCACCGUGCUUCCCAUCAUCCAGAAGCUUUUAAAAGGUGGCCUUCGCAUCUGGAUCUAUAGUGGAGAUACGGAUGGGAGAGUACCAGUAACAUCUACACGUUAUAGCAUAAAGAAGAUGGGAACUAAAGUGGAGUUACCGUGGAGGUCAUGGUUCCACAAGAGUCAAGUGGGUGGAUGGGUUGAGACUUACGCUGGAGGACUAACAUUUGCCACCGUUAGAGGAGCUGGUCAUCAGGUUCCGGUCUUUGCUCCGGCGCAAUCCCUCACUUUGUUCUCUCACUUUCUAUCUUCCACCCCAUUGCCUUCAAAACGUUUCUGAUCAUUACCGCGAAGUGUGGCAAAGUUGUUGGUGUAGUCUUGAAACCGUAGUGUGGUGCUUAAUGUACCCCAUUGAUGUUAUGAGUUUAUAUUGAUCAAUAAAAACAAUUUGAAAUUUUCGUUUGUUGGCAUCACUUUUCAGUUAUAGUCUUCGUAUA